AUGUUUGAUAGCUAUAUACUAGUUAUCAAGUUUCAAACUGCUCUUGGAGGAGUUCAAUGUAUUUUGUUUGCUGCAUCACUGGGUUCCAUUCUUGCCACUCUACAAAGCUAUCAUACCAGUGAUAGACUUAAUUUCAACUGCGAUCCCAAACCCAGUGAUUUUAUCAGACAAUGUUGCUCUAACAGCUACACUUCAAAUGUUACCAAGCCUCAUGGGUUACAACCUCGGAAUGUUGUUGCCAUAACACUCGGUGUUUUGUGUGCAUGCUGGAUCAUCUUUGCAAUUUAUGGCGCUGUGAUCCUUCGGAAAAGACCAGGAGACAAGGACAAAAACGCAAAGACAUUUCUUUGCGCCUACUUCAUCCAUGUAAUCUUUCGAAUAUUGUUCCUGGGUGUUAUGUUAGGACUGGUCUGCAGUUACCAGACAAUUUUUUUGCCUUCCGUUUUUAAGUGUGAUGUUAAUCAGAUCUUGCAGACCAACAGUCAAGCCACGCCAAGUCCACUCAACCAGACAAAAAUAACAUUGCAAUGUAAUGAUCUUCAUCACAAGGAGAAAUCAAACUUAAAUAUAGCUUUUAUCUCAGUUGAUGUCUUUUUUAUGAUGGUCAGUAUAUUGGAAGUCCUGCACUUGUGUCGUAACAGGAGAAACUAUUUGCAAGAGUUGGUUGGAGACCCUGAAGACGUAGAGAUUGACGAGUUACCGCAAAGUAAGUAA